UGUUGCUCCCUGCCUUUAUGUGUCUGUGCGCCAGUGAAGAACAGUUCCGCGCAAAAGACCAGAAGACCAAAGCCACCGUCUGAUACCAUUUCAGGGCGUGUUGUAAAAGAAGCAUCGUCCUUCAACGCGACAAUGAUCAGCAUUCACAGGACCAUUCUACUAUUGGACCACAGUCCGCAGGCUCGCAGGAAGGCGUGCUAUGACAACACGAAGAAGGACGAGGCAGCAGACGAAGACAGUGAUGAUGAGUUCGAGCCGGAACCAUGCUCAAUGUGGUCGAGCUUCGUACACGCAGCAUUACAGUACUCGCGGCUAGCGUGGGACCUCUCGCCCGUUGGGCAAAAAUCGCAGAUCUCGGUGCAUGUUGCACCUGGGGGUCCAGCGAUUUACAACAGCAUUAUAUUGAAUGCAUGGACAGUACAGGAGCAGAGCUUAGGACAUAUAUCAUAUCAUCUGCAAGAGCUCCAGCACCAGGAAGAUGCAGCUGCAAUGAACGAACAGGAGAUCGCGGCGACCUCCAAGGGUUGGAUAUUGUUGGCAUUGCAGGGCGCCAUCGCACAUAUCCUAGAGCCGAUUUCUCAACAACCAGGAUCUGCACCCAGCGCGCAGACUACGCCCCAUCACUCAAGCAUAACAGCUAAUGUAAUAAUGGUCCUAACGGACAUGGAGGACCAGCCCGAGGACCUGCCCGAGGACCAGCCCAGAGAAGGCGAAGAGGAUACGGUUAUGGAUAAUGAUAUGACUGUGGCCAGUGAACAUGACAAAGGAUGGCGAUACGGCGACCUGGAUAUACGCAAAAUCCUCGUAGAAGCACUUCAAACACUGCAGGAUGCCCUGAGGAGCACAAAACUUUGUGCGGAUAUGUACCCAGAAGACUCAAAGGUUUACUGAUAUUUCCAAGGAGCAGAUUUCGAGGAACUGCACGGCUUCAGUGUAUUCGGUUAUCGCAGAGGACGAGAAUUCGACAGCGAAGGCG